AUGGAGGAGAGAGCAAGAGAUCUUAUCGACAAGUGGCUUCAGCUCGACCGCUGGAAUGAGACGCGUGAGGAGGCAUCCAAACUUCUGGCCUCUGGAGAGUACGAACGCAUCUGCAGGGAUUUUAAUCCCGAAAAUAGAGUACAAUUCGGAACGGCGGGAUUGAGGGCUUCCUACGGGGCCGGGUUUACAAAGCUCAACGAGCUCGUUGUCACGCAGACAGCCCAGGCCAUGUAUUAUUAUUGUCUCCGCAUUUAUGGGGACUCAGAGUUGAAAAAGCGCGGUGUUGGGCUUGGAUAUGACGCCCGCUUCCACUCUAAGGAUUUCGCUGAGAUAACUGCUGCGACUUUCCUCUCCAGGGAUGUCCCUGUGUAUUUAUUUGAUGGAUUUGCGCCGACGCCCUAUGUGAGCUAUCUCAAUAAGUACUACAAGUGUGCAUGUGGUGUCAUGGUCACGGCAUCUCACAACCCUAGCAAGGAUAACGGUUAUAAGGUCUACGGCGUUGGGCACGGGAUCCAGAUUAUAGAUCCACAUGACGCAGGCAUAUAUGAGCUCAGUCUCUCUGGUGGCAAGCACGUCGAGGUUCCCUGGGAGGAGACAGCAGUACCAGGAGAUGUCUUGAAGGAGGGUCUUAGGUCUGGGCUCCUCACGAUGAUCACGGAGGAUAGUGAAGUUAUGAACGCUUAUCGCGAGGAAGCGAAGAUAAUGAAGUUCUUCUACCGUCAGUACAAUCGCAAUACUAAGGUGACAUUCCGCAUAGGUUAUUCUGCCAUGUGGGGCGUUGGUUAUGACCCCCUCAUCAACACACUUGAGCGCCUAUUCGGUUUCUCCAAGGAUGCGAUAUUUUCUCGUUUUUACUUCUUCGAGGAUGAGUGCAUGCCAGAUCCUCUUUUCGGCGGGGAGUCAAAGCCUAAUCCAGAGGAGCGGCACAACAUGGUGCGUCUGUGUCAACGUGCAGAGGAGAUGAACAGUCACAAUCUUGCUAUUGCAGAUGACCAGGCACCCAUCAAGGUCAUCCUUGCUACAGAUCCCGAUGCAGACCGCAUUGCGGUGGCCGAGCUGGUCAAGCCGCACGCAACGACGCUAGACGAGAGGUGGAAGAUUUAUCACGGCAAUGAUAUCGGCCUUAUUCUCGCAAACUGGUGCUUGGAGAACUUUCACAAUAACCCGCUGACGAUUAAGGUCCUCAAGGAGCGUGGCUACACACCCGGCCAGCAAUUUUACAUUAGCAACAGCACUGUGUCCAGUAAGGCACUUGAAGCUAUGAGUCGCUUCUACAAGGACGUGGUUUACGAAGAGUGUCUUACCGGGUUCAAGUGGCUCGGGACCCUCAGCGAGAGUGCACGUAGUCGUGGCCUCAUACCAUGCUUCACAUAUGAGGAAAGUAUAGGUUAUUCGGUGGGCGGCGUCGUUACCGAUAAGGACGGAAUAGCCACAGCAGGCGUCCUAACAGAGCUCCUCAUAGACCUCUACGAGCAUCAGGGAGAGUACGACAAGGAGAACAUGCUUCUCUGGGAUUACUCUCUUCAAAUUGCUGACCGUUACGGGUCAUACACCUGGGCCUGCAGCAACAUAUCGGUUGCCAGCAUGCAAGAUGUUGCCGGUCUCUUCGCGAGGCUCAUCUCUGACCCCAGAGCGCAAGGCUCGUUUGUGGCUACUAACGGUUCUGGAAAUCGAUACAUUACAACGGUGGGCCGCUUCACUGUUAAGAACGUCAGAGACCUUCAGCUGCCAGGCUGGGAUACACGUUCUUCAGCUAUUGAUAACAAGCCUAAUCUCCCACUUAGCAAGACUCCCAUGCUCACCAUGUGGUGCAGCAAUAACAUUGUCUGCACCCUGCGCCCCUCAGGAACCGAGCCGAAGGUGAAGUGCUAUGUUGAAUGCGUGGGAGACACGUUUAAGCAGGCGGCAGAAACGGCGAAGGAGUUUCUCGACGCCUUUAUGGUUCUGGUCAAUGACAAGGAGCCUUAA